CUAUCUCUCCAUUAUUAAUAAUUAAUCAUCUUGUUUUUAUUUUUAAAAAAAAUCGGAUAAAAUUCAAAUUAAAUUAAAUUAAAUUAAAUCAAAUUAAAUAUCCUUAUACGCAUACUCAAAUCCUCUCCCUCUUCACUGAUCUCUGGUUCAAGUUUACAACAGGUUUCUUACUAUGGGUUCUAAAUCAGUUGUUGAUAUGAUAGAGGCCUCGUCAGGAGUCCAUUUUUCUGGGUUUCACAUGGAUGGUUUGGAUUCGAGAAAUACAGAGACGGGGCAACCAACAACCUCUGCAGCUGAAAAGAUGUAUAAACAACCUUUUAUUAUUGGAGUCGCUGGGGGAGCAGCAUCUGGAAAGACAACAGUUUGUGAUAUGAUUAUUCAGCAACUUCAUGAUCAGCGUGUAGUUCUUGUUAACCAGGAUUCCUUUUAUCACAAUCUGACUGAAGAUGAACUUACACGAGUUCAUGAGUACAACUUUGACCAUCCAGAUGCAUUUGAUACUGAACAACUCUUAUCUGUCAUGGAGAAGUUGAGGCAUGGGCAAGCAGUAGAUAUUCCAAAAUAUGACUUCAAAAGUUACAAAAAUGAUGUUUUUCCUGCAAGAAGGGUCAAUCCUUCAGAUGUUAUAAUAUUGGAAGGUAUACUUGUUUUCCAUGAUCCUCGUGUGCGGGAUCUGAUGAACAUGAAGAUAUUUGUUGAUACAGAUGCUGAUGUACGUCUGGCAAGAAGAAUAAGGCGUGAUACUGUUGAGAAAAGUAGAGAUAUUGGUACAGUCCUUGAUCAGUACUCCAAAUUCGUGAAGCCAGCUUUUGAUGACUUCAUACUUCCAACAAAGAAAUAUGCAGAUAUAAUAAUUCCUCGUGGAGGAGAUAAUCAUGUAGCUGUUGAUUUGAUUGUACAGCAUAUUCGAACAAAGCUUGGUCAACAUGAUCUGUGUAAAAUAUAUCCUAAUUUAUAUGUCAUUCAAUCAACUUUUCAGAUACGCGGUAUGCAUACUCUUAUUCGUGAUUCACAAACAACAAAACAUGACUUUGUUUUUUAUGCUGAUCGGUUGAUUCGUUUGGUUGUAGAACAUGGUCUGGGACAUCUGCCGUUUACAGAAAAGCAGGUGACCACUCCCACUGGAUCUGUAUACUCUGGUGUCGAUUUCUGUAAGAGGUUAUGUGGUGUCUCGGUUAUUAGGAGUGGUGAGAGUAUGGAGAAUGCAUUGCGAGCAUGUUGUAAAGGUAUCAAGAUUGGGAAGAUUCUUAUUCAUAGGGAAGGUGACAAUGGCCAGCAGCUAAUCUAUGAAAAACUUCCACAAGACAUCUCAAAGAGACAUGUGUUGCUAUUGGAUCCCAUUCUUGGAACAGGCAACUCAGCUGUUCAAGCUAUCUCUUUACUAAUCAGCAAGGGUGUCCCAGAGCCCAACAUUAUAUUUCUUAAUCUGAUAUCAGCACCUCAAGGAGUGCAUGUGGUUUGCAAAAGAUUUCCAAGAAUAAAGAUCGUGACAUCUGAGAUUGAAAUUGGUUUGAAUGAAGAUUAUCGUGUCAUUCCUGGCAUGGGAGAAUUCGGAGAUAGAUAUUUUGGCACGGAUGACGAUGACCAACCAGUAGUGGCCCCUAAAAAAUUAAUCAAUUGAGAGCCUAUCCAUAAGCAACUGGGGGGCAAAUCAACUAGAGUGGCUAUACUCUUUUAUGUGCUGAGUUUUGCAAUUUCAGUUUUCAACAAAUUUUGACUUCAUUAAACCCACAAUUUCCAUCUCAUCUUUUGUCACAUUGAGUUCUUUAAUCUUGCUUCUUCAACUUCUACUAUAAUUAGAAACUGAAUACUCGACAGCUUCCCCACUAUAAAUAUAUCGGCAAAUCCUGGAUGUCUACUCACA